GUCCCACUGUGUGCACUGGAACAGACAUUUCUUCACAAAACACUGCCUCCCAAACACUCUACCUUGGCUGGUGUAUACCAUCAGUGCAAAACGUGGAAUGAAUUCUUCAGAUACGAAGUACAUUUCAGUUUCUUCUCCACGCACUUGCAACAUGAGUAAGAAACAUUUUCCCCAAAGACUACCCAUGCAACCUGGUUUUCAUCCUGCAAACUGGAAAAGGCCACCUGUAAACAAAGGGGGCUUUGCCUCAAGUCCACAUGACUCCCAAGAGUCUGAUUCUGAAAGCCUCGUUCAGGAGAGGCAGUACCAGGUAGAACUGCAGCAGCGGAUUCAUGAAAAUGAAGGGCUGGUAGGACUGUAUUCUGAUGAGUUGGAGAAUGACAGCUUAGAAGAAGACAGUUUGGAGGAGGGGAGUUUAAAAGAACAAGAAGGAACUGAGUACGACACAAAUCGAUACACAAAAGGAAUACAGAAGGAUGAAGGUAAUGGAAGGAAACAACAGCCUGUGGACAAAUAUUUCAACCUAAGAUACAAUCCUAAUUGGAAAAACUUAAAAGAGGGAGCAGAAUUUUCUAAGGGAGAAAAAGCAUGCCAAGUUGCUAGAGGAAGCAGUGUGGACUUCUCAGAAGAUUCAUUUUACCUCCAUUCCAACGGCUCCCUGGAAGAAAAGAAUCCACAGGAGGCAAAGUCACAAGAUUCAUUCUCAGAGUUUGGUACAGAAUUACUAAGUUUUCAGGAGCCAAAUGCUGUGGUCAGCAAUGAACCUUUUAGGCUCAACACCAAAGGAGAGGAAUCUGCGGGUGGCUGUCAUUUCAAAGAUACUUCUGGUACACAUGGCAGUGCUUUCUCCCUUCAGAUUCAAAAAGAUCGACCACAAAGAGCAAAAAAAGACUUUGUGGAAAAAAAUAAACGGACCUUAGGAUUACAUUCAGAGAAGAAAAACUCCUAUCUUCAAUUACACAGUAAAAAACAAGAAAUUCUUCAAAAGCAGGUUGCAGAUCCUAAAACUGUUGAUGAGGAACCAGUUCAGAGUGUCCUACCACUCCAGACUGUGAAAAUGGAGCCUGAAGACAAAUGGCACCUGAAAUCACAGCACCUCAAGGAUCACCAAAAUAAGUCUUCCCAGAGACAUAAAAUGAAAUCCAACCAGAAUAUCAAAGGGAGAGCUUUUAUGAAGACUAAUAUCCGACAACCACCAGGGAGACCAGCAGAAGCAAUGUCUUGGCACCACAGGCACCACCAACUACCAACAUUUCAGCCGGCUCCCGUGCAGGCAGUGGAGCAAGACAACAGCAGUGCACAGCAGAAACCUCCUUCUGUUGACCCCGACACUAAUACAGCAGCAAAUUCAGAUACUUGCUUAAAUAAUUUCCCAAAUUCAAGACAUUUUAUUAAUCAGGAUUUUACCACAUCUACGUAUCCUGUUCGUCCAAUGUUACAUAAAUUUAACCCAGCAGAGGAUAUAUCUCCGGCGUAUACCAGCAAGGAGAACAAGAAAUACCAGCAUGAUUCUCCAAAUGGACUUCCACAUCACCAGCAACAUUUGUACAACCGUGCCACUGGGCAGCCUUUUGCAAGAGAUGACACUACCAAUGGUCAAGCACAUCCAAAUCAGAGGACUGUUUCAUCUCCUUUUAAUGCCAAUUUUCAAGAAUUGGGGAAGAAUCAAGUAUCACUUCAGGAUUGUAAAAGACACAUUCAUACAGAUAAAAGGUAUCAGCACUAUGCUAUCAGCAGUUUGCCUUCUCAAUCUCCUGUUCACAGUUCACCAGCGGCCCCUUGUACAACCUCCCAGUGUACACAAGCAACGGAGCGACAUCACCAGGAAAUGACUCAUUUGACAGAAGCUCACUUAGCUAACAGGCACUUGGUCAGCCUGCUUCCACCUAUAAUCCCACAGGUCGAAAGUGGUUCAGAGGUAGAUCCAGAGAGUGGUGAAAGAAAUCGAGUGAAAAUACGCCGAAACAACUCUGAAGGAUAUCUCAUGCAAAUGGAAAAGCAAAACCAGCCUAAAGUCAGCAAGAAGCCAUGUAGCUCAAAAGCCUACAUAAAUCUGAACGUGAAGCUUGGAGGCCUUGGACCUGACUAUGAAACAAUCAAAGAGAAAAAAGAGAAGUUAAAGCAACAGAAGGAAUAUGCAAAGCAAAUUAAGGAACACAAUAUGAAAAACAUGACUUCGGUUCAGAGGUUCCCUACAAAACCCCAGGUCAUAUCGUCAGUGUCAAGACAGAAGGCUCUGGAAUAUGCUAAGAAGAUUCCUAAACCAAAGACUUUCACGGCAAGACAAUCGGGUGACAAGGCGAAAGAGGAAAGAGUUCUGCCUCAGACUUUAAAUGGAGACAGUUUACCUCAAAUUGCAUCCUUGGAAACUUUGCAAAAUCGACACGAGAAGGAGAAACAAGUUGUAGCUGCUUUCAGAACUCUUCAUAUCUUAUAA